AUGUUAUUGCCCCACACACACCCUUUUGUCCUAAACAAUCUUUCCUUUCUCUCUUCAGUUCACUUCUUUGCAACUAAUACUUGGCUUCUACUUCUACUUCACUCUCUUCUUUCUGGUUCGAUCUUCAAACCCAUUCACUUCAUCUUCUUUCACAUUUUCCCAUCUUUUCACGCUUCUUACUUUACAUUUACAGGAAAAAUGUCUGACAAAAUUAGUGCCGAAAAGCUUCUCAACAAUUUUGUGGAAACACUUGCCGAGAAGCAAAAAUCUGCAUCAUUCUAUCAAGAUGUGACGGCAAACUCAAUGACCUCCCAGUUCAAUAGAUUGUUUGGACGUGAGAAACCCGUGCACCAUAUUUUAGGCGGUGGAAAAUCUGCUGAUGUCUUGUUAUGGAGGAACAAGAAGAUCUCUGCUAGCGUUUUAACCGCUGCAACGGCUAUCUGGGUGCUUUUUGAAUGGCUUAAUUAUAAUUUCCUAUCUCUUCUUUUCCUUGGUCUUGUUCUUGUCAUGUCUGUACAGUUUCUUUGGACAAAUGCUUCUGGCGUGUUUAACAGGAGGACGUCUAAAGUUCCUCGUCUGGUUCUCCCGGAAGAUUUCUUUGUAAAUAUUGCAACUGCGGUUAGUGCUGAGAUUAACCGUGGUUUGAGGGUUCUUCAAGAUGUUUCAUGUGGAGGAAACUUGAAGCAAUUUAUUCUUGUUAUAGUAAGCUUAUGGGCUGGUGCUGUGAUUGGUGGCUGGUGCAACUUCUUGACCGUCAUCUAUAUCGGUUUUGUUGCUGCACACACGCUUCCGGUUCUCUAUGAAAGGUAUGACGAUCAGAUCGAUAACUUCGUGUACAAGGUAUUUGAUCAGAUGCAAAAUCAGUAUAGGAAGGUGGAUUCUGGUUUGCUUAGCAAAAUCCCCAAGGGAAAUCUAAAGAAAUUUGAGUAG